AUAAGAGUUGCCUUGUUCACAGUGUCUGUUCACAGCAAUUAUAACCCCGACUAAGACAGUAAAGUAGAAACGAUGGAAGAUUCCCAGCAUCAAGACUGGUCUCCAGAUCUUCCUGUAAGCGGCCAGAGGUGACCUGUGAAGAUGGUUCACUACUCCCUUGACCCAGAAAACCCCACGAAAUCAUGCAAAUCAAGAGGCUCAAACCUUCGUGUUCACUUUAAGAACACCCGGGAAACUGCCCAGGCCAUCAAGGGUAUGCAUAUCUGCAAAGCCAAGUAUCUGAAGGAUGUCACUUUAAAGAAGCAGUGUCAGUGUGUGCCAUUCCGGAGGUAUAAUGGUGGAGUCGGUAGGUGUGCCCAGGCCAAACAGUGGGGCUGGACACAGGGGCGGUGGCCAAAAAAGAGUGCUGAAUUUUUGCUGCACAUGCUUAAAAAUGCAGAGAGUAAUGCUGAACUUAAGGGUUUGGAUGUAGAUUCUCUGGUCAUUGAAUACAUCCAGGUGAACAAGGCUCCUAAGAUGCGCAGACGAACUUACAGAGCUCACGGCCGGAUUAACCCAUACAUGAGCUCCCCCUGCCACAUCGAGAUGAUCCUCACUAAGAAGGAACAGAUUGUUCCAAAGCCAGAAGAGGAGGUUGCACAGAAGAAACUGAAGAAACAAAAGCUCAUGACACGGGAAUAAAUUCAGCAUAAAUAAGUGCGGAUAAAGUAAAAAAAAAAAAAAAAAAAAAAAGACUGGUCUCCAGCUGGAGAGAUGGCUCAGCGGUUAAGAGUACCAACUGCUCUUCCAGAGGUCCUGAGUUCAAUUCCCAACAACCACAUGGUGGCUCAUAUCUAUCUGUAAUAGAAUCUGAUGCCCUCUUCUGGUAUGUCUCAAGACAGCUACAGUGUACUCAUAUAAAUAAAAUAAAUAAAUCUUAAAAAAAAUAAAGACUGGUCUCCAAUGUGUACCCAUCCAGAAGUACAAACACACAUGUACAUAUACUACAUACAUAGGGAAAAGAACAAAACAACAACAACAACAACAACAACAACAACAACAAAAACCCUCCAAUACAUCCACAUGUAGACUAUGGGUAAGGAAGAGGUGGACUUUUGUCUCAGAAAUAACCUCUUAUGCUCUUUUACCAUUCAUCUAAUAGAGAAGCUGCUGCAGGUAUGGAAUAAUACUAAGUCAGUGGUCAGAUCCCGGACUUCAGUUACAUAGCUACUAUCCCAUCAAGGUCUCUAAGGCAGAGGUCGUACUCACUGUGGUGGAGCAGAACUGCAUGGGGGCAGAACCACAAUUCUGGGAGAUGGGGCAAUAGCUUAGGCAUGGUCACAGCUAGAGAAACCAAGAUCUAGGCACUCAUACUCUCCUAAUGAACAGAGUGCACCCACCACACCCACCCUCUGUUCAUCCAUACACUUAACUAGCGUAGGAUCCAAUGAACUCAGGCUCCUACAAACUGUCAUGUGUAAACCCCACAUUCCACUGCUUUUGGUGGCUUCUAUUGCCAUCCAGGUUUAUAUCAAUUUCUACCUCCUCCCGUCUGUUGCAGCAUAAUGGAUGUCUUGGAGCCAGCCUUCCCUCUUUUUGUGGUACCGCAAAUGGGACCAGGGCCUCAGACAAGCUAAGCAAACCUUUAGCAUGAGCUACAUCGCUAGCCAAAAGAGCACAUCUCUGGCCAAACUACCUCAGACCCUGAGACCCUUCUGUUAUUAGAUAAGGCCCAACCAUUUGAGUACUGCCUGAAAAUCUCUGGAAAGCCUUUCUUGACUUGCCCCUCCCUGGUGAACAUUCAAUGGCUAACUUCUCCAAAGGACACACAGGUAAGAGAUCAUUUGGGCUGGGUAUAGCUCAGUGGUAAAGCACUGGACCACUUAUAAAACACAACCAUAAAAAAAAAAAAAAUCAAAUCAUACUAACAAAUACUCCUAGCACUACACAGAAAACUAGAACAUAUUAAGUUUGCUAACUUUUGGUAAAUGGUUCUCUAGCUGUUUCUUCCCUAGUGCUUCAGAACGUUCUUAAGACCUACUUUACCAAAAGCAUCCUAGUUAUACUGCUUUGUCUCACUUCAUCUACUUUACCCAGUUUAAGGGACAGUAACAUCUCCAAGUGUUGUAGACAGACUCAACAAGCCCUGAGAGGCACUUGACAUCAAGACCUAAAAAGCCCCCAAAAGCUCUCCAGAGGUGCAAAUGCUGAUGUAAGCGCUUUCUUAGCCCCCAUUCCCCUACUAGUGAGUUGCCCAUACUUUCUGGCCUUCCAGCCACUGAAUAUACCAUUUCUGUCUAGCCAGUAGUUUCUAGUUCUGAAAGCCAGAAAUGCCAAGCCUUCCUUGAUUCUUCCACUAACAUGGAUGUAAUUAAUUUUAAUUUUCUUUCUAGUGGGCCCUCAGGGGAAGUAUUCUGUGCUUUCCUAUUGGUGUGUCCUUUGCUUUGUGCUGUAAUGCAAAAAUGGAAAGAACUAUGGGUGUCUUGUGGUGCUUAUCUUAGAUGACUAUAUACAAUAAAAACCUGGCAACAAGUUGGAAAUCUCUGCUCAAAACACAUCCCAAGUAACUCCCUGCCUGAGCUCCUUUCCAGAGUUCACAUCUCCUACUCUUAGGGUUAAUAUGUGAGCAUGCUGGCAACAAGCCAGGUCCUCCAGUGAGAACAACAUUGGAAUGCACAUCAGGAAAUCACACAAAGAACAGAAGCCCCAUUCACUAGUACCAUGUUCAUGAACUAACUACCUCCCCCUUGAAGUUGGUGUCUUGGUCAACUAACUAGUAUUUUUUUAACCCUUCAACUACCCUCCCAAAGAGGCUGCGUCUAGUUCUUCUCCAAGGAACACCUAUGACUACAAUAUCCAGGGACAUUGUUGGAUACAGCACUUUUAAAGACAUUCUACUAUUUCACCCCAUUCAAGUAAUACCCUCCCCCCAAUAUUCACACACACACACACACUCAUACUCCGACAGGGUGUGUCUAUGUUGACCUGACUGUCCAGGAAUUUGCUAUAUAGAUUAGGCUAGCCUUAAACUCAGAGAUCUGUCUGCCUGUAAAUCUCAAACUAUAACUCUCUGGUUUUUUUAAAUAAGGCUUCUCUGUGCAGCCUUGAUGGUCCUGGAACUAACUCACUCUAUAGACCAUGUUGGCCAUGAACUCAGAAACCCACUUGCCUCUUCUUUCUGAUGAGAUUAAAGAUGUGCACUACCACUGAUCAGUAAGUUUUUUUUAUUUUUAAAAUUUUAUUCUUGUUACCUAUAUUAGUAUUUCUGCCUGAUGGUAAGUAUGAUUAUAAGCUCAAAAAAAUUUUAGAAGAGGGCAUCAGAUGCCCUAGAACUGGUUGUGAACCACCAUGUGAGUGCUGGGACAGAACCCAAUUCCUCUGGAAGAGCAGCCAGUGCUCGUAAUUGCUGAGCCAUCUCUCACAGUCUUCUUUUAUUUUUAGCAGGUAUGAUGGCAUGCACCUUUAAUCCCAGAACUCUGGAGGUAGAGGUGCAGAGGAUGUCUGCAAGUUACAGGCUAGCCAGGUUAGAGCGCACUCGCGCUCUCGCUUGCUCUCGCUCUCUCUCUCUCUUUCUGUCUCUCUCUCUCUCUCUCUCUCUCUCUCUCUCUGUCUGUCUGUCUCUGUCUCUCUGUGUCUGUGUGCAUGCGCACACGUGGACAUGCACCUCCAUGGAGACGACUGUGGAGGCAGUGAGACAGUGUUGGAGCUUUUUUUCUUUUAAGGGUUUUCCAACCGAAGUCAGAAAACCUGCUAGACAAAAUUCCGAAAGAGCUGUAACACUUGUGUUGGAGCUUCUUUUUUUUUUUUUUUUUAAAGAUUUAUUUAUUUAUUAUACAUAAAUACACUGUAGCUGUCUUCAGACACCAGAAGAGGGCAUCAGAUCCCAUUACAGAUGGUUGUGAGCCACCAUGUGGUUGCUGGGAAUUGAACUCAGGACCUCUGGAAGAGCAGUCAGUGCUCUUAACCACUGAGCCAUGUCUCCAGCCCCGUGUUGGAGCUUCUUAAACUAAGUUACAGGUAGUUAACUAGCCGCCCAGUCUGGAUCUAGAUAUAAUCUGAACUCAGUUCCUUGUGAAGGACAGCAAAUGUUCUUUUUUUUUAUUUAUAUAUUAGUACACUGUAGUUCUCUUCAGACACUUCAGAAGAGAGCAUCCCAUUACAGAUGGUUGUGAGCCACCAUGUGGUUGCUGGGAAUUGAACUCAGGACCUCUGGAAGAGCAGUCAGUGCUCUUAACCGCUGAGUCAUCUUUUCAGCCCAGCAAAUGUUCUUAAUUACUGAACUCCUUUCUUUUUCUUUUAUCACCAUGUAGCCCUGGCUGUCCUGGAAUUCACUAUGUAGACCAGGAUGGCUUUGAACUCAGAGAUCUACCUGCCUCUGCCUCCCAAGUGUUAGAAUUAAAGGUGCAUGCCACUACACCCUGCCUGAGCCUGUUCCUUUUCUUUUUUUAUAAAGAUUUUUGAAAAGGAUCUAUUUAUUUUAUGAGUGCUCUAUCUGCAUGUACACCUGUACACCUGCAUGCCAGAAAAGGGCAUGUGGUUGUUGGGAAUUGAACUCAGGACCUCUAGAAAAGCAUCAAGUGCUCUGAACCACUGAGACAUCUCUCCAGCCCCCUCAACUUGUUUCUUAACUUAAGCAUACACCCCAGUGAUACAUGACCAAGGAGGAAGAUGAAGGCAAGACCUAGAGUGCUCCACUGUGCAAACCAUCAAGUUAGGAGAGGCCCAGGCAUGGUAUCUCAACUCAACUAUGUACUGGGACUACAAACAAAAACUGGUUUGAAGUUUGAGGAUUUUACUCCCAAAUAAACUCAAAAGUCACUUCCAGGCAUCUUUUCAACGGUCUCAGUUCAUUCAUUUACAAGACAAGUUCCAAGAGCUAUUCUGAAACUACUGCUUGGCAGUCCAGAUUAUUUUUCACUAAUCAACAAAUGUCUCAGUUGGCCUGAGUGGCAAGCUAGGCACUAGAUAUAUCCUCAAUUACCCAUGAAUGUGAAUUUGGAAAUUCACAAUUGCCAUGUAUGUGGGCUGAGAUAGCCCAAAGAGAGGUGGCAUACUGAAGGGCUGCAGGUAUGCCAAGGUGUUCUGUAUGUCAAAAUGACAAUAUAUAAAAUUUAAGAGUGGCAAUAUGGGGCUGGAGAGAUGGCUCAGCGGUUAAGAGCACCCGACUACUCUUCCAGAGGUCCUGAGUUCAAUUCCCAGGAACCACAUGGUGGCUCACAACCAUCUGUAAAGAGAUCCGAUGCCCUCUUCUGGUGUAUCUGAAGACAACUACAGUGUACUUAUAUGAAAUAAAUAAAUAAAUCUUAAAAAAAAAAAAAAAAAAAAAAGAGUGGCAAUGUGGAAUAAAACAUGUACAUGUUAAAAAGAUAUUUCCAACAAAAGCCAUCCUGUCAUAAAACCAGGUCAUAAAUUCACUGACUGCACUCUAGAGUAAAAUAAAGGGAAGAACCUCAAGAGACUAGGCUGUAUACUUACUUACAAUUUCAUUCUGCUGGCAAAAAAGACAUCUAUGCCAAUCCUUGGAUUAUCCUGGGUUAGCUGAUGAAUGGUGCAAAUUGUAUUCAUAGCAUAUAUAUCUUUGGUAUAUGUUAUAAAUAGCACUUUGCUUCUGUCGUCCUUUUCAGAAAAAUAUAAGCCUAGUCCAUGUAUAAGAAAAAUCAGGUAUAUCCCAUUGCAAUAGCCUUUAAAAUCCCCAGCCAAUUUAAUUCCGAAAAACUGUUAUAGUCAAGAGGAAUAAGGUAACAUGAAAAAAAUUAAGUAACCUAAGUGUGAUAGUUGGGCAUGGAUGGCGGCUUGAAGAAAACUGUCUUGAUUAGGUUGAGUUGGGAAGACAUGCCCCUAUUGGUGGCACCAUUACCUGGGCUGACAUACUGGACUAUAUAAAAAAGACAAAACUGAGCUGAACACGAGCAUUUAUCGUCCUCUGCUUGCUUACUCUGUAUGAAAUGUGACCAGCUACCUAAAGCUUCUACUACUAGGGCUUCUCCAUCAUGAAGGUUUAUACCCUGGAACUAUGAGACAAAAUAAAAUCUUUUUUUUUUUUUUGGUUCUUUUUUUCGGAGCUGGGGACCGAACCCAGGGCCUUGUGCUUCCUAGGCAAGUGCUCUACCACUGAGCUAAAUCCCCAACCCGACAAAAUAAAAUCUUUUAAAGUUAUUUUUGUCAGAAAAUUUUAUUAUAGAAAUACAAAAACUAAGAUACUAGGUAAACCUAAAACUAUGAAGAUGCAUGGAUUUCAAAGCCCCGGUUUACAAAGCGCUUUUUUUUUUUUUCUUUUCUUUUCUUUUUUUUUUUUUUUCUGGAGCUGGG